UUGCCCUCCUUUCACCAAAAUCCUCCAAAUUCACCACUUCAGGAAUUUGUAUUUCUCAUUUUCUCCUUCUCCGAAUCUGCCUAACGAUUUAAUAGUUAUACAAAUUGUCUAUCCAGCUUGAAAUAUUUCGACCGAAAGUUAAUACUGAUGGAGAGAACAAACAGCAUAGAGAUGGAUCAAGAGAGAUUAACAGCGGAGAUGGCGUUUAAAGAUUCUUCAUCGGCCGUUAUACGAAUCCGGCGACGUUUGCCAGAUUUCUUAACGUCCGUCAAGCUUAAGUACGUGAAGCUUGGACUUCAUAACUCUUUCAACUUCACCACCUUUCUCUUCUUACUCAUCAUUCUUCCCUUAACGGGGACCGUGCUGGUUCAGCUAACCGGUCUGACGUUCGAGACCUUCUCCGAGCUUUGGUAUAACCAUGCGGUCCAACUCGACGGGGUGACAAGACUCGCCUGCUUGGUUUCCCUCUGCUUGGUUUUGAUCAUCUACGUGACUAACCGGUCUAAACCAGUUUACUUAGUGGAUUUCUCCUGCUACAAACCGGAAGACGAGCGGAAAAUGUCCGUAGAUUCGUUCUUAAAGAUGACGGAGCAAAACGGAGAUUUCACCGACGACACCGUCCAGUUCCAGCAAAGAAUCUCGAACCGGGCCGGUUUAGGAGACGAGACUUAUUUUCCACGUGGCAUAACUUCAACACCCCCGAAGCUAAAUAUGUCCGAGGCACGUGCCGAAGCUGAAGCCGUUAUGUUCGGUGCUUUGGAUUCACUCUUCGAGAAAACCGGAAUUAAACCGGCUGAAGUCGGAAUCUUGAUCGUAAACUGCAGCUUAUUCAAUCCGACGCCGUCUCUAUCGGCAAUGAUCGUGAACCAUUACAAGAUGAGAGAAGACAUCAAAAGCUACAACCUCGGAGGAAUGGGCUGCUCCGCCGGAUUAAUAUCUAUCGAUCUCGCCAACAACCUCCUCAAAGCAAACCCUAACUCUUACGCCGUCGUGGUCAGCACGGAGAACAUAACCCUAAACUGGUACUUCGGCAAUGACCGGUCAAUGCUCCUCUGUAACUGCAUCUUCCGAAUGGGCGGUGCAGCGAUUCUCCUCUCUAACCGGCGACAAGACCGGUCAAAGUCAAAGUACGAGCUAGUCAACGUCGUACGGACACACAAAGGAUCAGACGACAAGAACUAUAAUUGCGUGUAUCAGAAGGAAGACGAGAGAGGAACGAUCGGUGUCUCUUUAGCUCGGGAGCUAAUGUCCGUGGCCGGAGACGCUCUGAAAACAAACAUAACGACGUUAGGACCGAUGGUUCUUCCUUUGUCGGAACAGUUAAUGUUCUUGGUUUCAUUGGUCAAAAGGAAGUUGCUAAAACUCAAAGUGAAGCCGUAUAUUCCGGAUUUCAAGCUAGCUUUCGAGCAUUUCUGUAUACACGCAGGAGGUAGAGCGGUUCUCGACGAGGUGCAGAAGAAUCUCGAUCUUAAAGAUUGGCAUAUGGAGCCUUCGAGAAUGACUUUGCACCGGUUUGGUAACACUUCGAGUAGCUCGCUUUGGUACGAGAUGGCUUAUACCGAAGCUAAGGGUCGGGUUAAAGCUGGUGAUAGGCUUUGGCAGAUUGCGUUUGGAUCUGGUUUCAAGUGUAAUAGUGCGGUUUGGAAAGCGUUACGAGUGGUUUCGACGGAGGAGAUGACCGGUAAUGCAUGGGCUGGUUCGAUUGAAGAUUAUCCGGUUAAGAUUAUGCAGUGAUUGGUUGGACCGGAUAUGUGGAGUGUAUUCGUUGGUUUGAUUAUGUAAUUGUGUACUUAUUGAUAUCAAAUAUUUUGUUGUAAGUUGUCGAUUGGAUUAUUAUAAUUUAAUUAAUUUUAUGGA